AUAAAAACUAACCAUAUUUCAAUUCUCAAAAUUCCCCUGUCCACAGAAAAACUAUAAAACCAGCAAUGUUUCAGCACCCAAACGAAAGAAACAGGGAGAAGAGGCAGAGGCUGAAGCAGCAACACCCCAAAAUCCCAAACAGAAACAAGAGCCGAGAGACAGGCAGAGAAAUGCAUAUUUUUUGUUCACUAUUCUCUUCUCUGCCUUCUUGUUGCUCUUUUUCUUCUUCGUUUCUCCUAGUAAAGCAGAUUGCUCUGUUUUAGUUGCUACAGAGUAGCCCCAACAAUGGCUUCUUUAGUGUCUUCACCAUUCACUUUGCCGUCUUCCAAGCCUGACCAAAUUUCUUCUCUUUCUCAAAAACACUUCUUUCUUCACUCAUUUCUUCCCAAGAAGACCAACAACCAGCCCAACUCAAAAUCUUCCUUGAAAGUAAAAUGUGCAGUAACUGGCAAUGGCCUUUUCACUCAAACAACACCAGAAGUUCGUAGAAUUGUGCCAGAAAAGAAAGACAAUCUUCCCACUGUCAAAAUUGUCUACGUUGUCCUGGAAGCUCAGUACCAGUCUUCCCUUUCGAAUGCAGUCCGGUCCUUGAACCAAACUUCCAACUUUGCUUCAUUUGAAGUUGUUGGUUACUUGGUUGAGGAGCUUAGAGAUGAAAGUACUUAUAAAACCUUCUGUAAAGAUCUCGAAGAUGCGAAUAUCUUUAUUGGGUCUUUGAUUUUUGUUGAGGAGCUUGCAUUGAAAGUAAAGGCUGCUGUGGAGAAAGAAAGGGAUAGGCUUGAUGCUGUUUUGGUGUUCCCUUCCAUGCCUGAAGUAAUGAGGCUAAACAAGUUGGGUUCUUUUAGUAUGUCACAGCUUGGUCAAUCAAAGAGUCCAUUUUUUCAGUUAUUCAAGAGAAAGAAGCAAGGAGCAGGUUUUGCUGAUAGUAUGUUGAAGCUUGUAAGGACAUUGCCUAAGGUUUUGAAAUACUUGCCUAGUGAUAAGGCACAAGAUGCUAGGCUUUACAUAUUGAGUCUUCAGUUUUGGCUUGGUGGUUCACCUGAAAAUCUUCAGAAUUUCUUGAAAAUGAUAUCUGGCUCUUAUGUGCCAGCACUUAAAGGGACAAAGAUUGACUAUUCAGAUCCAGUUUUGUUCUUGGACAGUGGGAUUUGGCACCCACUAGCUCCUUCUAUGUAUGAUGACGUGAAGGAGUAUUUGAAUUGGUAUGGUACCAGGAGGGACGUUAAUGAGAAGCUUAGGGGGCCUAAUGCACCAGUAAUUGGAUUGGUUUUGCAAAGGAGUCAUAUUGUUACUGGUGAUGAGUGCCACUAUGUAGCUGUGAUUAUGGAGUUAGAGGCAAGAGGGGCAAAAGUGAUCCCAAUUUUUGCUGGUGGACUUGAUUUUUCUGGACCAGUUGAGAGGUUCUUGAUCGAUCCAGUUACCAAGAAGCCAAUGGUGAAUUCGGUGGUGUCAUUAACCGGCUUCGCUCUCGUUGGGGGACCUGCUAGGCAGGACCAUCCAAGGGCUGUUGAGGCACUGAUGAAGCUGGAUGUUCCUUACAUUGUUGCACUGCCUUUGGUUUUUCAAACAACGGAGGAGUGGCUAAACAGUACUUUGGGGCUACAUCCCAUUCAAGUAGCUCUGCAAGUGGCACUUCCAGAGCUGGAUGGAGGCAUGGAGCCUAUCGUUUUUGCCGGCCGUGACCCCAGAACAGGGAAAUCACACGCUCUUCACAAGAGGGUGGAGCAGCUCUGCACCCGAGCAAUCAAGUGGGCUGAACUGAAAAGGAAAUCCAAGACUGAGAAGAAGUUGGCAAUCACUGUAUUCAGCUUCCCUCCUGACAAAGGAAAUGUUGGCACAGCUGCCUACCUUAAUGUUUUUGCCUCCAUCUAUUCAGUUCUAAAAGACCUAGAGAAAGAUGGUUACAAUGUUGAGGGCCUUCCAGAGACUGCUGAAGCUUUAGUUGAAGAUGUAAUACAUGACAAGGAGGCACAAUUUAACAGCCCUAAUCUGAAUGUUGCUUAUAAACUGAGUGUCCGCGAGUACCAAAGCCUUACUCCAUAUGCUACUGCUUUGGAGGAAAACUGGGGUAAACCUCCUGGAAAUUUGAAUUCUGAUGGAGAGAAUCUUUUGGUAUAUGGAAAGCAGUAUGGUAAUGUCUUCAUUGGAGUCCAGCCUACUUUUGGUUAUGAGGGUGAUCCUAUGCGGCUGCUUUUCUCCAAAUCAGCUAGCCCACAUCAUGGAUUUGCAGCAUAUUACUCCUUUGUUGAGAAGAUUUUCAAAGCUGAUGCUGUUCUUCAUUUUGGUACUCAUGGAUCACUUGAAUUUAUGCCUGGAAAACAGGUGGGAAUGAGUGAUGUUUGUUACCCUGAUAGUCUUAUUGGGAAUAUUCCCAAUGUUUAUUACUAUGCUGCUAAUAACCCUUCUGAAGCUACCAUAGCCAAGCGCCGUAGUUAUGCUAAUACCAUUAGCUAUCUGACUCCUCCAGCUGAAAAUGCUGGGCUUUACAAGGGACUCAAGCAAUUAAGUGAACUCAUCUCCUCGUACCAGUCGCUUAAAGACUCAGGUCGUGGGCAACAAAUAGUUAAUUCAAUUAUCAGCACAGCUAAACAAUGCAAUCUUGACAAAGAUGUGCAACUUCCUGAUGAGGGAGAGGAAAUUUCAGCAAAAGAACGGGAUCUUGUGGUUGGAAAAGUAUAUUCCAAGAUCAUGGAGAUUGAGUCCCGACUUUUGCCAUGCGGGCUUCAUGUUAUUGGUGAGCCGCCAUCUGCCAUGGAAGCAGUUGCAACGUUGGUCAACAUUGCUGCAUUGGACCGUCCUGAAGAUGCAAUUAUAUCACUGCCAGCUAUAUUAGCUGGGUCUGUUGGAAGAAACAUAGAGGAUGUGUACAGAGGAAGUGAUAAAGGAAUCUUGAAGGAUGUAGAGCUUCUGCGGCAAAUUACUGAGGCCUCACGUGGUGCAAUUUCUGCUUUUGUGGAGCGAACGACCAACAAGAAGGGUCAAGUUGUUGAUGUGGCUGAUAAGUUGAGCUCUAUCCUCGGGUUUGGUAUCAAUGAACCCUGGAUUCAGUACUUGUCAAGAACGAAAUUCUACCGUUCAGAUAGGGAAAAUCUUAGAGUAUUGUUUGAGUUCCUAGGAGAGUGUUUGAAGCUGGUUGUUGCUGAUAAUGAGUUGGGCAGUUUAAAACAAGCAUUGGAGGGGAAAUAUGUUGAACCUGGGCCGGGUGGUGACCCAAUUAGAAAUCCUAAAGUGUUGCCAACAGGAAAGAACAUUCAUGCAUUGGAUCCACAAGCUAUUCCAACAACAGCCGCAAUGCAGAGUGCAAAAAUUGUGGUAGAUAGGUUAAUUGAAAGACAGAAGGUUGACAAUGGGGGAAAGUAUCCAGAGACCAUUGCACUUGUAUUAUGGGGAACAGAUAAUAUUAAAACUUAUGGUGAGUCACUGGCUCAAGUCUUGUGGAUGAUUGGAGUGAGGCCAGUGGCUGAUACAUUUGGUAGAGUCAACAGGGUGGAACCUGUUAGUCUUGAAGAGCUUGGCAGGCCCAGGAUUGAUGUUGUUGUUAAUUGCUCUGGAGUUUUCAGAGAUCUAUUCAUAAAUCAGAUGAACCUCCUUGAUCGAGCUGUGAAGAUGGUAGCUGAAUUGGAUGAACUAGUGGAGCAGAACUAUGUAAGGAAGCAUGCAUUAGAGCAAGCCCAAGCCUUGGGGAUUGAGGUUAGAGAAGCUGCAACACGGGUCUUCUCCAAUGCCUCUGGAUCCUACUCCUCCAAUGUCAACCUGGCUGUUGAAAACUCCUCAUGGAAUGAUGAGAAGCAGCUCCAAGAUAUGUACUUGAGCCGGAAAUCUUUUGCUUUUGACAGUGAUGCCCCUGGUGCAGGCAUGACUGAGAAAAGGAAAGUCUUCGAGAUGGCUCUAAGCACAGCAGAUGCCACAUUCCAAAAUCUUGAUUCAUCAGAAAUUUCACUCACUGAUGUGAGUCACUACUUUGACUCCGAUCCAACAAAUCUAGUACAGAACCUACGGAAGGAUGGAAAGAAGCCUAGUGCAUACAUAGCAGACACUACCACAGCUAAUGCCCAGGUUCGAACUCUUUCUGAAACCGUGAGACUAGAUGCAAGAACCAAGUUGUUGAACCCCAAGUGGUAUGAAGGAAUGAUGUCAAGUGGCUAUGAAGGAGUCCGUGAAAUUGAGAAGCGCCUUACUAAUACCGUAGGGUGGAGUGCAACUUCUGGACAGGUCGAUAACUGGGUGUACGAAGAGGCUAAUUCAACGUUCAUUCAAGAUGAGAAUAUGUUGAAUAGGCUCAUGAGCACCAAUCCAAACUCAUUCCGGAAGUUGGUGCAAACAUUCUUGGAGGCCAAUGGACGUGGUUAUUGGGAAACUUCGGAGGACAAUAUUGAGAGGUUGAGGCAGUUGUAUUCAGAAGUUGAAGACAAGAUCGAAGGCAUUGACCGAUGAACUGUGAACAAAUAGGUUCAGGAAUUGCAAACAUCUGUUCACACUGAUUAUUUUCUGGGGCCCUUCCCUCUUGGAUGAGCUGAAACAACUGUCAGGAACUUAUGGAAUGCCAAAUUGUUAAUUAUAAAAAACCUUUGCUCUGUGAUUA